AUGUCCUUCAGCUUCGGAAACACGAACGCUACGCCGACGUCGAACAGUGGCUCGACCCCUGCGACUUCUGCGCCGGCAUCUGGAGGUCUCUUUGGUGGCGCUGCCUCCAGCGGCACUCCCAGCUUUUCUUUCGGCAACCUAGGAGGUAGCAACACUCCCGCUGCUGGAUCAAGCAGUGGCACGCCAGCCUCGGGCGGAGGUUUGUUUGGACAGAACGCUGGUCAGAAGCCAGCAGGCGGACUCUUUGGCGGCGCCUCCCCAGCCGCUUCUACGGGAACACCUGCUUCGACUGGAGGUGGUCUCUUCGGGGCCAAGCCUGCCGCUGGCGCAUCAUCGACUCCGGCUGCUUCUGGUGGUCUUUUCGGCCAAAACGCCGGCUCGUCUACGCCCAGCACAUCUGCACCCGCCUCAGGAGGUCUCUUCGGUGGCGGCGGCGCUUCGAGCGGUACUCCUGCUGCAUCCUCCGGAGGGCUAUUUGGAGGAGGAAACGCUGCGGCGAAGCCGGCAUCGAAUCUUUUCGGCGGCGGAAACACUGGAAGUUCUACCCCGUCUGGAGGCCUUUUCGGCCAGAAUACUGCGUCGAGCGCCUCAUCAACUCCUGCUCCAGCUUCUAGUGGGGGUAUGUUCGGUGGUUUGAACAAGCCUGUAUCAAGCACACCUGCUACUACUACUCCCGCAACUCAGGCUACACCCGCAAAGCCUAUGUUCUCGCUCGGAGGAUCGACAACACCGGCUGGAGCUCCCCCGGCUGGCGCAAGCAAGCCUGCCGCAGGCGGGCUUUUCGGUGGUGCCGCAGCAUCCGGUUCCGCAGCCCCGUCUCCCUUCGGUGCUGCGGCAGCCAAGCCGGCGGAGAGCAGUAGCGCAGGCGGUCUCUUCGGUGGUGCUGGCCAGUCUAAGGCUGCCUCCACAGCUCAACCGGCCAGUGGGGGUUCUCUCUUCGGUCAGGAGCAGCAGCAACCUGCCGCCAGCGGCGGUCUCUUUGGAGGCCAGAAGCCGGCUACAACCGCAGCUCCCAGCGCUGGUGGCCUCUUUGGUGGCCAAGCUGCUGCCACUACUACUUCAGCUCAGCCCGCUUCAACGACCGCCGCAGCUCCCGCAGCUGGUGCCUCAUCGCUUUUCGGUGCUGCCAAGCCUGGUACACCUACUACUUCGACACCGGCUGCGUCGUCUGCCGGUGGCUUAUUCGGCGGCAACACAUCCUCCACCCCAGCUGCGGCGACAACACAAGCUGGCUCUAGUGCAGGGGGCCUCUUUGGAAAGCCUGCUGCUACUACAUCUGCCACCCCCGCUGCUACCGCGGCCCCUUCUUCGCUGUUUGGUGGCCAGGCUUCCGCGACUCCUGCCAGCAAGCCUGCGAGCGGUGGACUUUUCGGAGGAGCUCCGGCGGCGAGCACCUCUCAGCCGGCAUCUACCACUACGUCGACUGCGCCGGCGACUACUUCUACUACCACUACAUCAACAACCGCACCCAGUACUACUGCAUCUGCUGGUGGUCUCUUCGGCGCCAAGCCGUCGACGCCCGCUGCCGGAACAUCAACUCAGAAUGGUACUGCACCCACUACCACAUCCGCCGCGACUGGCAACUCAAAUACCCUGGCUGCCUCUACAACCGGCCCUACUUCACAGCUCCCUCGGUUGAAGAACAAGUCGAUGGACGACAUCAUCACCCGGUGGGCCUCAGACUUGUCUAAGUAUCAGAAGGACUUUAAACACUACGCCAACCAAGUCGCUGACUGGGAUUUGGGCCUGGUGGACAAUGGCGAGAAGAUCCAGAAGCUCUACCUCAACACCUUUGAGGCCGAGAAGGCCAGCCACGAGAUUGAGCGUCAGCUCCAGGCGGUAGAGAGCCAGCAGGACGAGCUUGAGGACUGGCUCAACCGUUACGAGUCUGACGUUAAGGAGAUGUUCUCCCGCCAGAUGGGACAGGGCGAGACUCUAGCCGGGCCCGACCAGGAGCGCGAGCGCACGUACAAACUCGCUGAGAAGUUGACACAGAACCUUGACGAGAAGAGCAGAGACCUGUCCAAGAUGGUCAAGGAGAUUAACGACAUCUCCGGCACACUGAGCAAGGGUACCAAGCCCGAGGAUCCCUUGAGCCAGAUCGUCCGCGUUCUCAACGGCCACCUAUCGCAACUCCAGUGGAUCGACACCAACGCUGCGUCCCUGCAGGCCAAGGUGUCUGCUGCACAGAAGGCGAACAACAACCUUGGCAGCCAGUACGGAGCGCCGGAGACGGAUGCAGCGGAGAGCUUUUACCGAUCUUACAUGGGCCGGCGAUGA